AUGGGAGGCCCGUGGAACGGCAGCGACGGCGCUGAGGACGCGCGGGAACCGCCGUGGGCCGCGCUGCCGCCGUGCGACGAGCGCCACUGCUCGCCCUUCCCCUUGGGCACGCUGGUGCCCGUGACAGCCGUGUGUUUGGGUCUGUUCGCCGUCGGGGUGAGCGGCAACGUGGUGACCGUGCUGCUGAUUGGGCGCUACCGGGACAUGCGGACCACCACCAACCUCUACCUGGGCAGCAUGGCUGUAUCCGACCUGCUCAUCCUGCUCGGGCUCCCCUUCGACCUGUACCGCCUGUGGCGCUCACGACCCUGGGUGUUCGGGUCUCUGCUCUGCCGCCUGUCACUGUACAUGGGUGAGGGCUGCACCUACGCGUCGCUGCUGCACAUGACGGCGCUCAGCGUCGAGCGCUACCUGGCCAUCUGCCGUCCGCUGCGCGCCCGUGUCCUGGUCACCCGCCGCCGCGUCCGCGCUCUCAUCGCCGCGCUCUGGGUGGUGGCGCUGCUCUCCGCCGGCCCCUUCUUCUUUCUGGUGGGCGUCGAGCAGGACCCUGCGCUCUACGUGACUACGGACCGCAAUGGCACGGCCCCGUCCUCGGCCGCCCCGCAGGCUCCUCCGACCGCGCCGUCGGGGCGGCCCGGCGCUGAGGAGGCCGCGGCUCUGUUCAGCCGCGAGUGCCGGCCGAGCCCCGCGCAGCUGGGCGCGCUGCGCAUCAUGCUAUGGGUCACCACCGCCUACUUCUUCCUGCCCUUCCUGUGUCUCAGCGUGCUCUACGGGCUCAUUGUGCGCCAUCUGUGCCGGGGCCAGGGCCCACUGCGAGGCCGAGCCGCCGCGGGCCGGGAGAGGGGCCACCGGCAAACUGUCCGCGUCUUGUUGGUGGUGGUUCUGGCCUUCAUAGUGUGCUGGCUGCCUUUCCACGUCGGCAGAAUCAUUUACAUAAACACCCGAGACUCGCGGAUGAUGUACUUCUCUCAGUACUUCAACAUCGUAGCUCUGCAGCUCUUCUACCUGAGCGCGUCCAUCAACCCCAUCCUCUACAAUCUCAUCUCCAAGAAGUACCGGGCAGCAGCCUGCCGACUGCUGCUUGCCAGGCGGUCCAGGCCCGGAGGUGUGUGUGGAAGCAGGGACCCUGCAGGGCACGUGGCGCCCGACUCCGGGGCUGACAUGGCUGGUGGCUACACGGAGACCAGCGCUAACAUGAAGACAGUGACAUAA